AUUGGAUUGCAUUUUGUAUUAUGCAUCAUUGACAUUGUUACUCAUAUAUAAUGUUUCAUAUUUUUGCAGAAUUUUGAGAUGUGUUUUCUCGGUUUCGUCACAGCACUAAUCGCUUUCUACUCUGUUUCUGUUUCUGGUCAAACACGCGCUAAUAAGAUACUCUACGUUGGACAAACAUUUAGCGCGACGUGUAAUCCAAUUGAUCCUUGCGCAUCAGUAGCGAGUAUAUGUCAUAGACUACAAUGGACAUUUCUACACUUUCCAGCCAAUUCUACUCGUGAUGUUUUUCAUUGUGUAAACUUUCCUCAACCUUGCACUUAUCAAUUUACUGUGGAGUCAAUGUCUGCGGGACAGUACACGUGUACACAGUUAGAAAAUUUUCCGAGUAACAAAGGCACAGUGAUUACUGUAGUGAACCUCAUCGUGGCAGAGCCCACACCAACAACGGAGUCUUUAACGUCGACAAAGCAAAGAAAACCAACAACAGCGAGUACAACGACCAUUGCGAAUACAACAACGACAGAGACAAUGCAAAUGAUACUAGCCAAUGGUACAAAUUGUGAAAUGAAGACCGAGGAUCCUUCUACUCUACUCUCGUCUAGUGACACUAGUACUGUCGUCAUCGCCGUCGUGGUCUCUUUGUCUGUUGUUGUAGCAAUCAUCGUUGCAAUUUCUAUAAUUCUGAGAAAGGCAGGCAGCGGUGGUUUGUACGUGUGCUGCGAGUGCGGAGGAGAGAUUGGAGUUAGUGGCGUACUCCUGUGCGAGGCAUUGGAGUUCAAUCGCAACUAUCUACGUCUUCAAGAACAAAUCGGUCAGGGCUUUUAUGGUACCAUUUACAGAGCAGAUGCGUAUGAAAUUAUUUCACCUCAAACGUGGAGUACUGUUGCAGUUAAAGUGUUAACUCGACGUGAUGACUUUACAGUCGGCGAAAGUACAACAAAUGCAACAAGUCUUCAAGUAGAAGCACAGCACUUUAUUGAUUUGGGUGACAGCAAGCACGAAAAUGUUGUGCGUUUGCUAGGAGUCUCCUCCUUACGAGGACCUCUUCUCCUCAUCUUUGAGUACGCUCGGUUUGGCAACCUCAAAAUUUAUUUACGAACUUUCAGAGGCUUGGAAUCCAAUCACAACAAUGUCAGUGAUACCGACAAUAACAGCAACGUUGAACCUAAGUACAUGUCUGAGCAAAAAAUGUUUCAAUUUGCUCUGCAAAUCGCCUCUGGGAUGAAAUUUUUAAUUAGCAAAUCUGUGCUACACUGUGAUCUAGCUGCUCGAAACGUGUUGGUAUUUGAUAGUGACGUAUUGAAAAUCUGCGAUUUUGGAAUGGCAAAAGACGUCACCUAUCAUGGUUAUUAUCGUCAAAAAUCUAAACGUAUGUUGCCCGCUAAGUGGAUGUCUCCCGAGGCUAUGAUAGACAAACGUUACACCGAGGCAAGCGACGUUUGGUCGUAUGGAGUCUUGCUGUGGGAAAUUGCUACGUUUGGAGGUAGCCCUUACCCGAGCAUCCCUGUUGAAAGACUUUACGAUCUUCUUGUUGGCGGUUACAGAAUGAGCUGCCCCACAAACUGUUCUCGCCAUUUACAUGAAAUCAUGUUGCGGUGUUGGGCGGCCGAUCCAAACGAAAGGCCUUCAUUCUAUGCUCUAGUCGAGCAGAUAGCGAAUGAGACGGAUUGAAGACACCCUGUCACGUGCUGGAUUGGAAUUUAACGACAUUCUGUGUGUAUGUACGAGUAGAGAUGUUUGAGUAUCUAGACACUAUAACAACCAUUCUACUUAAUUAAUACGCGUGAUACCGGAUACUAUUGACAGUACUGUGGUUGAAAUCAAAUGGUACACCUGUACAAAUUUCAAACGCUCGCAAGUCCGAAAGCGA